AUGGCCAGUCAGGUCUGUCUCCCACUUGCCCCGCGCCUCUCGCCCCUGAAACCCUUAAAGCCACACUUUGGAGAUGUCCAAGUGGGCAUCUGCGUGGCAAUAAAACGCAGCGACGGGCGGAUCCACCUUGCUGUGGUCACAGAGGUCAACAGAGAAAACGCUUGGGUCACGGUAGAGUGGGUGGAGAAAGAAGUCAAAAAAGGCAAGAAGAUUGAUCUAGAGACCAUAUUCCUGCUGAAUCCAGCGCUGGUUUCAGCUAAACACCCCAUGCUGCCUAAGCCAUUGUCCCCUUUGUCUCUAGCGCCCCCUUCUGCCAUCGGAGAUCAGCGUAUGGCCACGCGAUGGACCGCGUUGAUCCCCCAGAAAAAUGAAACGCCCUCAGGGGACAGCCUGGCCGUGGGGGUUCCCAGCAACCCUUGCCUGAUGAAACGGAAAAAGUCAACUUGCGUGCGAGAAAUCGAGAAACUGCAGAUGCAGCGGGAGGAACGCAGGCGGCGGCAGUUAGAGAUUCGAGCCCAGCGUGCUCACGAUGUCAACACGGGAAACCGCAACUCCGAGAUCAUACGCAUGAUCGAGGAGUACCGCCGGCACCUGGACAGCAGCAAGAUGUCUGGCCUGGAGCCCCUGGCAGACCACCGGAUCUGCGUCUGCGUGAGGAAACGGCCUCUCAACCAGAGAGAAACCAUCAUGAAGGACCUGGAUAUCAUCACUAUCCCCUCAAACAACGUAGUCAUGGUACACGAGUCCAAGCAGAAGGUGGAUCUCACCCGCUACCUGGAGAACCAGACCUUCUGCUUUGACCAUGCCUUUGAUGACACCGCCUCCAACGAGUUAGUGUACCAGUUCACUGCUCAGCCGCUGGUGGAGUCCAUCUUCCGGAAGGGCAUGGCCACCUGCUUUGCCUAUGGGCAGACGGGCAGCGGAAAAACGCACACCAUGGGUGGAGCCUUUUCAGGCGGGGAUCGAGAUUGCUCUAAAGGCAUCUAUGCCCUGGUAGCGGAGGACGUUUUCCUCCUGCUCAAAAACCCCGCUUAUGAGAUGCUUGACCUCAAAGUUUAUGGGACAUUUUUUGAGAUUUAUGGGGGCAAGGUGUAUGACUUAUUGAACUGGAAGAAGACGCUGCAAGUCCUUGAAGAUGGCAAUCAGCAAAUGCAGGUAGUAGGACUGCGGGAACAGGAGGUGUGUUGUGUAGAGGACAUUCUAAACCUCGUGGAACUAGGGAACAGCUGCCGGACUUCUGGACAGACGUCUGUCAACGCCCACUCUUCCAGGAGUCACGCAGUGUUCCAGAUCAUCUUGAAGUCACAAGGGGAACUGCAUGGCAAGUUUUCCCUUGUUGACUUAGCUGGGAAUGAAAGAGGAGCAGAUACUGCCAAGGCCAAUCGGAAGAGGCAGCUGGAAGGGGCGGAGAUUAACAAGAGUCUUCUGGCUCUCAAGGAAUGCAUCCGGGCUUUGGGUCAGAAUAAGCCUCAUACUCCAUUUAGAGCCAGCAAACUCACACAGGUGCUUCGGGACUCCUUUAUAGGCCAAAACUCCUCCACUUGCAUGAUUGCUACUAUCUCUCCAGGGAUGGCCUCUUGUGAAAACACUCUCAACACUUUAAGAUAUGCAAACAGAGUAAAAGAAUUAACUCUUGACGUCAGGCCCCACCAUCGUAGCCUCUAUCUGGUUGGACAUGAGGCACCAAAAAUGUUGGAAAAGCACACUAGUAAUUCAGAAAUGCCCCUUCAGACGGAUGAAUUUAUUAAAAUACCUUGUAUACAGAGUGGUAUACGGAGUGAGGAAGAGAAGAUUGAAGGAGAAAUGGAAACAUUAUCCACUCCUUCAAUGGAAAAUGCUAUGAUUUCGUGGAAGAAAUCCAACCAGUGGCCCAUGAACAUGCAAGAGACAGUGGAUGAGGUAAACCAUGAUGUUGAUUUUUGCAUUGCCCAGUUAUUGGUCAUUCUGGAUAAGAAAAUUGGUGUUCUGACUGAGGUUCAAAAGAAACUAAGAUUAUUACAGGCUGACUUCCGAAAGAAGAGCAAGGUAGAGUGA